UUAAUUUUAUCAACUUUAACAUCUUCUAUGUCAAUAUUCAAAAUUUCUUAUGCUGAUUCCAGAAAACUGUUAUGUGAUUCUAUUAACUUAAAACCAAAUUCAGCAAAACCUUCGCGACCCAAAACUACCGGCGAACACAUAGUUUUAUCGUCAACUACUAAUAAAUUAAUAAAUCUAAUCAGAUGUCUUAGUUUGACCCUUGAAUUUACUCGUCCGAAUAUUCUACGUUUCGAUUCAUUAGCGCCCGUAUAUUGUAAAGAAUUCGUGUCAAAUGAUUCAAUCAAGUUAGUGCUUACAAUUUUUCUUAAAAAGCUAAUAGGAGUACCACUGUCCAGUCUUGUUAACAAGUUUAAAUUAAAAACCUCACCAUCUAGAUAAAAUUCGUAUAUUGCUGAUUUUAGAAAGUUGUCCUCUUCAUUAACUAUAUUCACAUUUAAACUCUUUUGUCAAAAUAUUUUUAAUCAGUUAUUUUAAAUUUCUUUUUAGUUGGUCGUGAUUGUUCAAAAUGGAUAUACUUGACCUGCCCUCGAUUGAUGAAAGUGACUUCGAUGUACGCGAUACAGAAUCAAAAAACCGGGGUGUUUUUACUAAACAUUUUAUAAAAAAAGGAGAAACUAUUCUGGAGUAUAUUGGCGAGCUGGUCACAAGCGCUAGUCAGAUGAAAGAGCGCCAGAUUGUUUACGAAGAAAAAGGUUUAGGAUGUUACGUUUUAGACUUUCAAUAUCGUGAUAAAAAAAUGUUUAUUGACGCUACUGCUGAAAGCAACUAUAAAGGACGUCUUAUAAACCACUCAAAUGAAGAAAACAUUAAACCUUUUCUUAAAGUUAUAAAUGAAAUACCCCGUGUGUUUUUUAAGGCGACUCAGGAUAUUGCUCCUGAUUGUGAACUAUUGUGGAAUUAUGGAGAAAUGCGCAGAUCUGUUUUGAAUACCAAUCCUUGGUUAAAAAAAGCUAUCUCAAAGAAACAAAAGGGUCAACUAAUAAAGACACCGAUCGAAUCCCAAACAUCUGUUCGAUCCGAGAUUCCGAGUAAGUCCGAGACGUCUAUUCAAUUCGAAGCACUAUAUAAAUCUGAGAAACAUUCCGAGUCAGCUGAUAAUUUUGAGAAACCGAAUCAGUCUGAAAUACCUAUUAAAUCCGAGACACCUGUUAAUUCUAAGAAACCGCUUCAGUCUGAGACAUCGAUUGAAUCCCAGACAAAUGUUAAUUCCGUAAAACCGAUUCAGAGCAAGUCACCACUGGAAGCCGAGAAACCGAUUCCACAGAUGAAAUCUAAAGAACUAACACAUUCGGAAAUAUCGAUUAAAACGAAACUUCCUUAUUGUAAUCCAGUAAUUAUGCUUGAAAAAUUACCAAAUUACCCAACUGAUGUGCUUUCUAAAUCUUUUUCGAGAAAAAGAAAACACAAGAAUUCUAAGGCUUACCAAGAUGAGAUUAUACCGAAAAAGUUUUCUACUUCUUUAGAACCAUACGUCUUAUUAGAAAAAUUACCAACAUAUUCUAAACGCGCUAUAUUGACAGAUGAUAACCUCAAUCCAAAUAAAUCCAAACGUCCUAAAAUGUCCUCUUCGGUAAUACUUGCAGGACAGUUAAAAAAAGAAAUGGAAAUACUCGUAAAGUGCAUAAACAAUGAGAGGAGCUCAUUAAUAUCUAAAAAUACUGUAAAACUUCAUUCGACACCUAUUAAGGAUACUUUUGAAAAUUGUGAAUUGCACGUAUCAGACAUGUCAACAUUGCAGUUGUCAAAUACGCUUUUUGAAAAUGAAAAUUUAUCGAUUAACAAUCAGAACGCUGAAGAUCAUUCUACAUCAUUCGAACCUUCUUUACAGAUUAAUCAUCAAAAUGAUCUUGAUUUAACCAAUAUUAAAUGUCUAGUAAAAAACACUAAUACAGGAAAUAUCGUCAAUCAGGUUUAUGAAUUCGAUUUUAAAGAAUUUAAUGAUUGCCAGCAAAACAAUCCGAAUAAUAAUACUGAAAAUAAUCUAGAAUGUAUUGUCCAUGAGCUUGAGCUUCCUGUUAUUCAAUUGCCUGAAAAUAUUCAGAUUCAAAUGCACACUUCUUGUAAUGAUACUCCUCUUCAAGGUAAUAGUACAAAUAAUGAUAUUUCUGCUUCUAUUAGUUAUGAAGUAACUGAUGCAAAUGAUACAGAUCUAACUGACGAUCCAGAUUUUGUGCCUGAUUCCUCUGCUACAGUAUCCGUCAAUAUAUCUAAAAAUGCGUCAGAUACGUCGGAAAAAUGUCUUGAUAAUAUUAUUGUAGGUCCUCCUGUUGAUAUUCGCGUAGUAACUGUACCUCCGUCAAAAGUUAAUGGUUCUUCUUCUUUGAAGAAAAAUUUCUGUCGUUAUUGUAAGGAAUUAACCACAAAAUUGCCAAGACAUUUGGAACUUAAACAUUACACAGAAGAAGACGUUAAAGUAAUGAUUAAUUUACCUAAAAACUCGGCCGAAAGAAGAAAAGUAAUUGACAAAAUUAGAAAGGAGGGAAAUCAUGAACAUAACACAAAUAAGGACUAUAAUACCGGAGUUUUACUUACGUGUCGAAGACGUCAAGAAAAAUAUAAUAAUAAUGGCGAGGAUUAUAUUCAUUGCUCUAUGUGUUUAGGGGCGUUUUCGAAAAAGACUAUUCACAUUCACUAUAAACAGUGUGAUCCUCUUCACAAGAAAGGUGAGAAAGAAAUAAAAGUCUCAGGUCGACGCGUAGAGGGCUUCAUCCAUGAACGGGCGUCUCCCAUUUUACGAAAUGAAAUCUUUCCAGUGAUGAAUGAUGAUAAUAUUGUACGUAUAAUUCGUUACGAUUUGCUAAUAAUACUAAUGGGAAAUAGAUUUUGCGAGCAGUAUACUAAAAUUCAACAGUAUGAUUCAAUUAGGGCAAACUUACGUCUUCUUGGACGUCUUAAAGAAGCUGCAUUGAAAGUAAAUAAAGAACUCACUGAACUUUUCCUUAUACUGCACUCAAAAAACUAUGAUACAUUUAAACAUGCUGUGAGAAGUUGUGCGGGUUAUAAUGAACAAACCGGUUUAUUUGCGUCGCCAUCAGUUGCAUCACAAUUGGGAACCUUAAUCAAAAAGUGUAUGAAAGUCUGGAUCGCUGAGUGCAUAAAAAAAGGAUAUCAAGAAAGAAAGAAAAGCGCUGCCGAAUUCUUAGAACUUUUUGAGGAAGAUUUCCCUACUGCCGUAAACAAAAAAGUAGUAGAAAAUCAGAUAAAAGCAAAACGUGCCAAAAAAAUUAAUUUACCUUUAAAACAGGAUAUUAAUGCUUUGUAUAAGCAUCUAAAAGAAAAUUGUACGAAAUCUUUUAAUAUUUUAAAGCAAUCUUUUGAUUUAGAAGCUUGGAAACUGCUAUCAGAAUGCACAUUAAUUCUUUUACAGUUAUUCAACAGAAAAAGGGCAGGAGAAGUUGAAAGAAUUUCAAUCGAUGAUUUUAUGAAUAGAGAAUCUGUAGACGAAAAUGUACACCCUGAUCUUUAUUCUCACAUGGAUUCCGAAAAACAAAAGAGAUCUAAGUUAUUUGUUCGCAUAAAUAUUGAUGGCAAAAAGGGACGUGCCGUCCCCGCAUUACUAGAUGAAGAACUAGUGCAAUUCGUUAAUUGCAUUAUCGAUAAUCGAAAACAUGCUCGCGUAAAAAAAACAAAUCCAUACGUUUUUGGUAUUUAUCAGAGAAGGAAACAUUCGAAGCCAUAUUUAAGAGCUUGCGCUUUAAUGCGUAAAUUCUCUGAAGAUUGUGGAGCGACAAUGCCGGAAACACUUCGCGGCACAUUUCUUCGAAAGCACUUAGCAACUUAUAGUGCAGUUUUAGGAAUCAAUGAAAAUGAGAUGCAAGAUUUGGCGAAUUUCAUGGGGCAUGAUGAAAAGAUACAUAAAGAUGUAUACAGACUACCUAAUGCCGUCAAAGACGUAACCGAGGUAUCGAAAUUUUUACAGGCUGCAAUUGAAAAUGAAAACAGCGCUAAUAGCUCAGUUUCAGAACUACGUGUUGGAAAAUCUGUUAUAGCCGAAGAAAGGAGCGAUUCAGAUUUUGAACUUGAAACCAGCGACGAGGAGGAAAGCAAAAAUUGUUAUAGAUCAUCGAUUUCUAAAAUUAAAAGAACAAAGUGGAGUACGGAAGAACAGGAUGUAGUAACAAAUUUUUUUGGGCCCCUAAAGAGUUUGCCAAAACUUCCUUCGCUUCAUACUUGUCAAGAUUUAAUAAGUAAUAACGAGGUAUUGAAAAACCGUGCUCCUCAACAAUUAAAAACUUGGAUUGACAAUCAGAGGAAGAAAGAUUCCCGAAAGAGGAAAUCAAUUUAAUUUUUAUAACUAAGAAGAAUUUUACUUUGUUUUAAUAUUUCCCAUCAUUUUUAGUUUUAUUUGUUUCCAAAUACCAAAAAAACUCAUUCAAAGAUAUUUUUAAAUAAGCUGUGAUAUUAUCAGGCUUCAAUGUUUAUUUAAUAAACAAGAAUAUUUUUAAUUCAUUUAAGAAAAAUACCUUUGUUAUAGAAUUACAGAAAACUCUAUUUCGUUUAUAAAUUUAUAUUUAGGUAUGUCUGUCAUAAUAUUGUAGUAGAUAGACAUAAAUUGUUAUAUUUUUCUACUUUAUAAAAAAACAGAACCUUGCACAAUUUACGAUGUUGAAAUCGUAAAUGAAUAAUUAAAGGAAAAACAUUUCUGAAAGAGAAAAUCAGUUUAAUUUUUAUGAUUAGAAAGCACUUCACUUUGAUUCAUUAUUUUCCAUAUAGCUGUGCAAAUUUUAAUUCGAAUCGACUUUUGUUUGGUUUUGAGGCGCUGAAAUGUCAAAUGUCAAAAACUAAGCUAACUCGAAUGCCGGUUUUUCGAUGUUCGACAUUUUAGGGCUCCAAAACCGAACAAACCUUGGUUCGGUUCAAAUUUCGAAUACUAGACAUUCAAAUUGGACUAACUCGAAUGUUGAAUUAUCAACACAUAUUUUAGACGAAAAACUUCGAACCAUUCGAUUCAAAUAAUUUU